UAACAUUACAAGCGGAAUUUUGUAUCCCCAGGCACGACCUACUGCCAUAGAUAGGCACACUCCACUUCAUUACGUGACGCAUUACAGUUAUCUAAACCUCUGCGAGUUCCUUUUCCUAACAUAUCGCUCAAAUAGUAGCACACUGGAGUUAACCACCUGCGGUGUUCCAAUGCGCCGGCUGCGGGUUUUAUGUAUCCAUUCCUUCCGCACCAGCGGUAGCAUCUUUAAGCAGCAGCUCCAGCGAGCUGGGUUACUCGAGGCACUGGAGGACCUCGUGGAGUUUACCUUUGUCGACGCGCCCCACCCCGCCAGCGGCCACAUCCCGCGAGACGUGGGACCGUACUUCCAAGGGCCUUACUUUGAAUGGUUCACCGCGGAGGAGGUGGGGGACCGAGUGGAGUUUGAUGAGGCCAAGGUGGAGGCUUCGGAGCGGUUUUUGCUCGACGUGCUCACACGUCAGGGGCCCUUCGACGGCAUUAUGGG